AUUUAUACACAUGUAGGUCAAUGAAAAAAAUGGCUUAGCAGCUCGUAUGUGCCGUGGCAAGAAAUAUUUUUAAUUUAAAUGGCCUUCAGUGAUUUAUGUCACAUAAGUAAUGCGUAUAAAGCCGUCGAAAAUGAAACAGAUCAGUCGGAACGCAUUAUGGAAGAAAACUCAAUGGUCCGAGAUCUCAUCACAAAGAUCCUUGAUGAGACCGGACCCUCGGAAGGGAGCAGCUCUAUACAACCACAGGAAAAAACGUUAAGUACGGCUACUAGCACACAAUAUCCUAAAAACAAUCCUACAACAUCUUUUAUACCACCUUCAUUUAAUUUCCAAGAUCCAUUCAAUUUCGCUCAAAAUGCCCAGACUGAACAACAUGGCUUCAACUUCAACACACAAAAUGGGUUUGGAAAUGGUUAUGUUAACUACCCUGAAGAACACCUUCUCAUGGACCCUGUGGGGGAGUCAGAGGUGUCACAAGAACAGCUGAAUUUACUAAGGUUAGCAGCUCAAGAAAUUGGCGGUGCACAGUUUGCCAGUCCUAACAAAUAUGAUGAUAAAUACUAUAAUUUCUUUGAACCGAACCAAAGGAAUUCCCUACCAGAAACAAAUAUGUACAGUAACAACUUUAGACCAAACAGUCUGAAUUUAGAUAAUAAUUUCACAAACAUGGACUACGCUCAAAGGUACCCUAAUAAAUUUGAUAAUUAUGCCAAAGAGCAGAAUCAAGAGCCAGCAGACCUACUAGCUUAUUUGAAUCAGCUAAACAUAAAUGUUACAUUAGACCGCUCACCAGACAUACCAAUGGACUUUAAAGGACAAAUGGAAAAUGGUCACUUCCAUAACGAGGAAUUAAAUAAAAUGCAAGAUGAAAGAAAUAAGAUGUUGUUCAAUAGAAACUUCCAGCAACCACCGAAAUUUAAUGGUGAAAACAAUUUCUACUUAAAUGAAAUGAUGAAGCAGAUGGGAGACCGCCCACCUCAGACCUUUGAUUUUCAGAACACACCACCAAAUUAUAAGCCUAAUGGGUUUAAUCAAAACGAUUUUAUGCAGAGGCAGAACCAGAUGAUGCCUAGAGAGAAUUUUCAGGGCAAUAUGGAUCAGAGGGGAAACUUUGAAGGCCAGAACAAUGCACAGCAGGCCAUGAUGAGGCAGCAGGAGCUGGCCCGGCAGAUGAACAUACUUAUGAGGAACCGGCCGCCUCCUAACCAAUUAAAUGUAGACGUAUCUUUCUUGCACGAAAACACACCUUUCAAUCUUGGUUUAGGAGCUUUGCUGGGGCCUAGUCCUCCUGUACCACCGCCAGUGUUGCCAUCACCAAUGAUGGAUUUACCUCUUCUAGCGCCAUUUUACGCUAUGAGGAACAUCAGAGGUGCAGCGACAUCGUCGGGCAUCCUGCACGCGCGCCUCGACGCGUGCUACGAGCAGUGGCGGCAGCUGGAGCGCGAGCGCAAGCGCACCGAGGCGCGGCUGGCGCUGGCCUACCCCGGCCGUGCCGUCUCCUCCUCCAACUCCAUCCCCGUGCCGCGCCUGCCGCCCUGCCCCACCAGGGUCGACCGGCUCACGGUGGACAUGCUGAGGGAGCACACCAAGGUGCUAACCCUAAUGGGUAAGAUGGAGACGCUGCGGGCGAGCGUGUGCGUAGCGCAGAACAAGAAGGCCAAGGAGGACGCCAAGAUCACGGUGCUGAAGCGCGGCCAGGACCAGCCCGAGCCCAAGCACGUGGAUCCCGACUCCUUCCAACCCGCCUCGUGGAAGGAUGACGUCAAGAAUCUCUCAGAAAUCGCACCACACAGCGAGGUGGAGAGCGCCAUGUUGUCGUGGCGCAGCGCCGUCGCCGCCGUGCAGGCCGCGCGCCGUCGCGAGCUCGCGCAGCCGCGCUACAUCCGCACCGACCCCAUCCUCCAACUGGCGGAGGCGGUGAAACAGCUGGGCUCGUGCGCGCGGCGCGCGCGCUGCGCCAUGUGGUGCGACCUCACGCUCACCGUGGCGCUCGCGCCCGCGCCCGCCGCCGCCCUCGCCCCGCACGCCCCGCACACCCCGCUGCCCGCCGGCGCCAACACCGCCAAGGUAAGGUUCGCGCGCGCUGCGCCAUGUGGUGCGACCUCACGCUCACCGUGGCGCUCGCGCCCGCGCCCGCCGCCGCCCUCGCCCCGCACGCCCCGCACACCCCGCUGCCCGCCGGCGCCAACACCGCCAAGUCACGCUCACCGUGGCGCUCGCGCCCGCGCCCGCCGCCGCCCUCGCCCCGCACGCCCCGCACACCCCGCUGCCCGCCGGCGCCAACACCGCCAAGGUAAGGUUCGCGCGCGCUGCGCCAUGUGGUGCGACCUCACGCUCACUGUGGCGCUCGCGCCCGCGCCCGCCGCCGCCCUCGCCCCGCACACCCCGCUGCCCGCCGGCGCCAACACCGCCAAGGUAAGGUUCGCGCGCGCUGCGCCAUGUGGUGCGACCUCACGCUCACCGUGGCGCUCGCGCCCGCGCGCCGCCGCCCUCGCCCCGCACGCCCCGCACGCCCCGCACACCCCGCGGCCCGCCGGCGCCAACACCGCCAAGGGAAGGUUCGCGCGCGCGGCGCCAUGGGGUGCGACCUCACGCUCACUGUGGCGCUCGCGCCCGCGCCCCGCCGCCGCCCUCGCCCCGCACGCCCCGCACACUCCGCUGCCCGCCGGCGCCAACACCGCCAAGGUAAGGUUCGCGCGCGCUGCGCCAUGUGGUGCGACCUCACGCUCACCGUGGCGCUCGCGCCCGCGCGCCGCCGCCCUCGCCCCGCACGCCCCGCACGCCCCGCACACCCCGCUGCCCGCCGGCGCCAACACCGCCAAGGUUCGCGCGCGCUGCGCCAUGUGGUGCGACCUCACGCUCACUGUGGCGCUCGCGCCCGCGCCCGCCGCCGCCCUCGCCCCGCACGCCCCGCACACUCCGCUGCCCGCCGGCGCCAACACCGCCAAGAGCGAGAAGCAGCCGCAGCCUCAGCCGCCGUCGCCGAAGUCGCCCGCUGAAGCCGCGACCCCACCGGCACAGAGCCACUCCAAACCGGCUGCCUCUGAUGUUAAAGACGAGAAACUCAACGACGCUUCAACAGUGAAGACCGACACAAGGCCUGAAACAAACAACAACAAAACGAAUACAUCUAACAAGCAGGCGGAGAAGGACAAGAACCAGCGCAAAACGCAGAACUACAGGCACAAGCUCAGCCAGGGUCGCAACGACUUCUACCAGAAAAACCAGAGGUAUGACAGCCGGUUCAUGCAGAACCGCCACCCUUACUACUUGGCCACGGGCCCUAUCAACUAAGCAAACUGAUGUCAAGAGUAUGUCCAUGUGCGAAAUAGAACAACAUGUAAGUUAAUCGAUAGUGUUGAACAUGUCUAUGAGAAACCUGUGGCAAUUGCCUGCCAAGUAAUGAAACUGUAGCAAGCCUGUGUCCGGCUACUCAAUGGUAGUAAAAUUGCAUGGAAAAAUCUGGAAAAAUAUAAUUUAUUGCAAAAAAUUGGCAAACUAGAUGAAAUGAAUAUGAAACAUCGAGAGGUGAGUAAGUAGUCAUAUACAAUUUGUUACAUAUCAGGUCUUAAAACAUCUCUAACUAUGAUGAUGUGUUGUUUAAAAUCGAUUUGCCAAUUUUUUAUAAUAAUCUAGGAUUGUUAGGCUUUUUUACAAUGUCCAUUACUUUUUACAGUUUUAAUACUCCUUAUGUCCUCUACUUGAUCUGUAUUUUAAAAGUAUUACAAGUCUGCAUUUGUGUAAGAACUGCUUUAGUUUUACAAAAAUAAUGAAUUUGUUGAUGAUCAAUAACUGAAAUGACAGUUUUCAUAUUCAAGUCGAUUUGUCUGCCAGGCCAUUACGAAAGCGGUUGAUGAACAAUCAGGGAAUAAUUUCAAAAACUGCAUUUUCUUUUUAGUUUAGAUAGAAGCUAUUCAGAGUAUGGUUUUCAUGCUAUUAUUAAUUUACACUCACAUCAAUCUAACAUAAUAAAUCUGAUACAUUAAAACAUCUAUUUAUCGUACUAGUGCAUUAAAAUGUGUAGUAAUAUUAGACGUCUUUUUCAAAAGUUUCAUGCUGUAACCUGAGUCAAAAUUACCUGGGGAAAUAAAUAUGAAAAAGCUUGUAAAAUAGGAUGGAGACGGCUCGUGUGCGAGGGAGUAAUCCCAUUAAGACACUAGCCCUUAAAAGGACAGAUGGUUGUCACCUCUGACUUCUGAGAUCGCCUCUUCUUCGAUCUAAUUCGAUCGAAUUUUAAAACUUUCCCAAUUUUAACUGUUCAGUUCGGUCAUCGACUCAAUUGCCUGAAGCCAAAAAAAUAACUGAAUUUUAUAACAUUUUACAACUAAUUAUCUCAGAUUAAUUUCGCUUAAAUUUGUCCAUUUAAAUUUGCUAUUUUAUAAUUUUUUCUAUAAAUUACUUUCAUUCUGUAUUUCGUUUGGCUUCGGGAAACCCUGUCAUUUUAAAGUAACAAAGAUUUUAUAAUGCAUUUUUACGCGUGAACCAGAAUACCAAAAAAGUACAUUUGGAGAUAAACCUGUCGCCGUCAAGGCCAGGAGCAUAUCCACUUGAAAAUAAGUAUUUUAAUAACUUUAAAGGCUACUUCAAUAAAGGGCUAGAGGCAAUCGAAAAUGUAUCAUAUCAACAAUAAAUUAUUAACUUAUAUAUGAGCGAAUGCACUUUUAUUAUGAAAUAAUGCAUUUAUAGAAAGUGAAUUCGCGACACUUACACAGGUAUAACUGAGACCACUAUUAAUUGUUAUGAAGUAUAAUGUUAUAAAUAGAUGUGUGUAGGGUUAGUUUUUAAUGCCAGUAACCUACCUUGCAUAUUUGUAACUAAUUCUGUUCACUUCAGACGAAAUACUUUCUAGCAAGUAGCAAUAACAAAUUGUCCUGCGCUGGAAAAUAACAUCGACAAAACAACAAUUGUAUGGGUGAUACGCAUAAUCAAAACAGGUGUAGAAAAUAAUAUUAUUGCUAGUCAGAACACCCAUUAAAAUGAAUAUCAAUAAAGACAAACGUAAAACUAAUAACCAGGCGUAGAUAUUCGUAUUGAAAUACGAUUGUUUAUAAGUCGGCAAAAUAGUUUAUAUUUGCCAUUAAGUAUUCUGAAGUGAACUUAUAAUCAUGCUUGGCUGGGGUUCGAAGUAUUAUCUCUAUGUCUAUCCUAACGAAGACGAUUGGCUAAUAUUAAUACUUGCCAAAUUAUUCGUUUGGUGUGAGCGAGGAUCAAGCCGAUUGAUAUCACUAUAAAACGAUAUUCUAAAUACAUCGAUAUAUAGAUAAUAAAAAUAAAUACCUAAUAAUUUAAUUUCAAUACAUCUACACAGUUUGAAGCAUAAUCUCUUGUUACCUGAUAGGUUCGUGAUAGUUCUUCGAUUACAAUAUUUGAUCGUUUUUAUUAAAAAUUACCACGUUCACUUUUUUAAGCGAUAAUCGAUUUCGAUAGCGUAGUUUAAGGCUAGAAAGGCAUCUAAUUUCUCGGUUUGUAAGAAUAUUUUUGAGCACAAAACUCUAGUCAUCCAAGGGUAACAGGACCAACAGGAAUUGAGUAAACUUGAUAAGAUCAGAGUAUUGAUAGACUUGUAAAACCUAAGGUCAUCCCCAUUCGCAGAGACUGAUAGACCAUUAACCAAAUAAAAGGCAUUUCCAAACGUUUUCGCUCACACCAACGCAGAAAGAGAACUAUAAUAAAAUGUGAUGUUUCUACUUUAAUAACUAGUUGACACUAUUUUAAUAUAUCACGUUUCGUGCAAAUAAACAAAAUAUAUGAAGUUAUAAACUGUUAGAGUGUAAGUGUACCAAUUUAUAUUUAUUUAAUGUAUUUGAUUUAUACGGUGUGUAGUAUUUAGGCUUAGUACAGGCAGGGUUGUAUGGAGUUAUACCCUAAGUAGUUUGAAGUAGUUUGGGACCGCUUCUUUAGAUGGGUCGGCUAGUUUUCGUCAAUUGUUAAUUUUAACUUGUUCUGUGACGACCGCAUGCGAGUCUUAUCGCGACGUGUUACAGUGCUAUUUCGUAUUGUGUUCUUAGUAAUUUCUUACCGCCAAAAUGAAGUAAGAUGAAUAGUUAGUUCCUCACGUUAGCUUAGUUAAAUUUUUGUAGUCAAUUUGCUUACGUAAUUAUAAAAGAGUUUGAUGAAACAUCUGUACUGUAAGCAUAUUCUGAAAAAAAUUAACGCUUUAAUUAUUAUUUUUAAUAUAUAACAAAAGUUAUAACCUACAAACGAUGCACAAAUGCUGUAAUAUAUACUGCCAUAAAACGGCAGAAUCAAACCAAAAUAUUCGUAGUGUUAUUAAACAUCUUCCAUCUUUUGUUCAUGUUAGUUUUAGGUGUUAGUAGUAAUGUGGGUGAAGUUAGACAUAUAGGCGGGUUUUGCAGCACAGAUCGAAAAGCGAAGAGGAAAGUUGCAAAUCGUCGCGGGCUUAGCUUAAAGCUCGUUGAGAGCACAUUAAAAAUUAAACGUGUUUUCCGUUUAAUAGAAACUUCUUAUAUUAAUAUAUCAUUUUGUUUAAUUACUCGAUCUAAAAUCGACUAACGCUCAUAUGAAAUGAAUUGAUGAAAUGGCUAUAAGUUAAUUAAGUAUUCAUUGAAGGUAGUGCCUUUUCUAAAAAAAGUGUGCAUGCAUUUGAUAAGCCCCUAUGUAAUGUACAAAAUUAAGACAUUGAAUAUGUUUUAGAUUUUAUUUUGCUUUUAUUUAAUGUUUAACGGUUGCAUUUCAAUUCGGACGAGUCAAAAAGGGUCGAUUCGAAAUGACAGACGAAUUAGAAGAUAGUUUUUAUGUGUGUUAGAGAAUUUAUCAAAGUAUAUAAAUAAUGCGAAUUUGGAACUAACAGAGAACUGCCAUUGAAAUAGUGGGCUAUAAUCUAGAAACACGACAUUAACGUGCUUGCUAAAUAAAAUCGUCGACAAUUUUGGCGCAAUAAACGCGAAGUGCAAGUACGAGGAUUGGUCCGAAAAUGGUUAGAAAGGUUAUCAAUAACUAAAUAAAUGUACACCACCUCAAUAAGUACUGAAAGAUCCCUCGCAAUAAUAUUGCAAUCUCAUGAGUAGAACCGGAGUAGCUAACAACAUUAGCAGUUUAAAAUGUAAGAAGCCAUUUAUAGCCUCCCUUCAUGUGAUAACAAAGAUUAAAUUACACAAGAUCUGCUUCAAAUAUUUAGUUUACGAAUUCUACAUAUACAGUGGUAUUCAUAAAUGGGCCACCGCUGUUUACAAAAAAGUGAUUCAUGCAUGUUUAUGUAAAAUAAGUGAGGAGUCAUGAAAAUAAAAAUAACUUCCAUUCAAAAAUAUUAAAUUUAAAACUCCCGGUGAUCUCAUUAAACACUCGCGCGCGAAGGGCUGUUUAUUCUACACAUUUUAUUGUGAACACCGCCGUUAUAUUUUGCGCUAAAAUUUACCGCCGUUAAAAAGGUUUUUUAGUGUAACCAGAUAUUGUACCUACAUCGAUAUAUUGGCCAUGUUGGUUAAUGUGCCAAAAUUGUUAGAGGUGAUUUUAUCUGUAGACGAUAACCCCAGAAUAAAAUUGGCAGUUCUUUUCAACUCUACAGGCACGCAAUCUCUUCCAAUUUGUUUAAAUAAUUAAAAAAUAUUAGUACAAUCAAUAUCGCACUUAGCGUAAUUUAGUAAUAGUAUUUAGUAAUUCAACGUUAGCACAAUUAAUUUAGUUUCCAAACUAAAUAAUAUUGGCGUUGUUGAAGACGGUUCCUAGGUACUAAAAUGUGUAUAUAUCAUUUAUUAAGCUGUACUUUCAGAUUUCAAAGUCCACGCGAAGUUUCUCCCUUGUACAUAAUUACAGAUGACUCGUCUGGAAACUCUUCCUGCACACAGGAGCCGUCUUACAUAAAUCCCUCUAGUAGUACAUUUCCUUCAUAAACUCGGUGUCUAUUUCCAUUGUUGCCAUACUUGUAACUAUUUACCUCACUCUUCAGGCUCGAUCAAUAAUACUGAUGAUAUGUUUACAAAUAAAAUUAUCAGUGUUAAUGGACGAUUAUUGCCCUGUCUCUCAGACGCUUAGCCCAUUUCAGACCAAAAUUAUUUAAAUGUAGCAUAUUUAUUUUAAAAAUCAAUUAUAGGGAGAUAAGCGAUAUAGAUAUAUUUUCUGUUGAUUGUUGCAUGUUAUGUCUUGCCUGUGCUAGAGCGAUGUGUUAGAGAUAAAAUUGUCGAUAAAUAUGCUUGUUCAAGCAGUUAUUUGGGUAGGUUUUUAGCAAUGGCAAUAUCAAGUCGACAUUUAAUAAUUAUUACACUGAAAAAGAUCUUUUCUGUUCAGUACUUAAACAAAAAUAGCGAAAUGAUGAACCUGCAUCGUGAAGGCAGUGUACAGUCGAGUUCAUAAAUAUGUAUACAUUUUUUCACCUUAUUGCAAUGGAUUAAGGUAAAGAAAUGUAUACAUAUUUAUGAACUCGACUGUACAUUUGUAAAACCCUCUUCAACUGACUAAUACUUUUAUAAUCUCUUCUCAAGAACUAUGCUACUCUCAAAUCCGAACUCUUAAACAUUUUUUGUAUGUGUAUUUAUGUCUCGUAACACAUCGCUGUAGUUUUUGUUAAAACUUCAUAUUUAUUUUCUAUUGAUUUGACUCUGAUGAAUUUAUUUACUUAUACACAUAAUAUAAUCUGUUAUGAAAAUACUACAGCGGCUAUGAAUUGCUUGUAGUUAAAUUAGAAUAAAUCCCAAUCACAGUAGUACCAGAACAACUGUAUAUUACCUACUAUUUUAAUAGUUAUUUACGAUACAAGUGCGAAAAAUAGGAAAUUCGUAACGAGUGGCGAUAAAUUAAAACACGACCGAUGGGAGUGUUUUAAAUCGACACGAGUUGCGAAUUACCUAUUCGCACAUGUAUCGUACAACGUUUUACAGUACAUAUGGCCCUUUAAAUGUUCGACACAGUAACGUAAUAUGCAAAUUUUCGCACAAGUGCUAUAAAGUAGCACCAUAUGUACUGUAAAAUAUGAUUAUUUGACGUGUCACUUUGAAGCAAACGGCAUCUAUUUUUAUAAGGGCUUGCCCGUGCACUGGUUAUAUUAAACUAGUGGCCGGCGCCGGGACUAAUUAUUAUCGCUAAGAGGCCUUCAGUCUUAUUCUAAUUGGACUUCCGAAUGUGACUUAUUUGUCUUAAAACAUUAAGAGAAGCACAUAUUUAAUGGUAUUCGUCCUGGCCUCGACAAUGCGGUCAUAUAUACGUAUCGGGUACGUAAAUCACAAUUAUAACUAUUUUAUUAAAAUCUGCUUCCUAUCCGCCUUGUCUUCCUGUAUUACCGACUUUCCAGGUGCGGGCUGCCUUUUGUACACUUCACUUAAAAUAACGUUUCGUAACAACAUAUUAUUGAUUGUUUUGAAUUCAAAGUUCCAUACGUAGGUUUUAUACAGAAGUGUUGGUAAAUUGCCACAUUCAAGCCAGACCUCUAUUUACAGUGCUAGUAACUUCACUCAAGACGAGAAUGAAUUUAAAAUAGCGCUGGGACAUGGCCCACCUUGAAUGAUCAAUUCAGUUCUAAAAGACAUGAAGUAUUUAGUUAAUUAUUUAGUCAUAUAAAAUCCUAUUACGAGCGGUAAUUCGCUUAUAACUUAAUUUGGAUGUUAAAAUCCCUGAACAAAUUCGUCGUAAAUUUUCGUCGUAUUGAGUAAUAAUUUUUCGGUUGGUUAAAAUUUGUUUCCUGCAUGCUAAUAAUAUAUGCUAUUAAUUGCUAAAUUAUAUACUCAAAUUUGAUACAAAGUUGUGGAUUUUAGAACUGGAUCACUAAAUUGCUAAAGUGCCACCUCUAGCUUCAUUUUUUAUUAGAUAGAGGGCUUAGAUUGGGGCGUUGCAAUAUCGUUAUAAAUUUUUGACGUUUUGUGAGUAGACAGCCAGCGUCAGGUGUAUCUAAUCAGAAUUCAUGAUCAUAUAUAUGUAUCUAUGCAUAGCGCGUUUAGGUAGUAUCGAUCGCUAGCUGUGUGUUUAAUGAACUAGUCUAGAGUUUAGAUUUGAUUAGAUGUUUCAGCUUAGAAGAGUUUUCUUGUGUAAAAAUAAAAUGUAGAACUUUUUGUGUUAGGCUAUGCUAGAUAUACAUUUUGUGUAAGAUAGUUGCAGUCAUGUAUUCAUGUGACAAUGUAGUGUGUGUUUCAGUAAACUUAACAAUGUGUAUAUUUAUUAUUUUGUUUUAAAAAUACGGUAUUUUUUUUGCUUCGUUACAUAUUAGGUCAGUGUACUACAUUGGCAUUUGUCGUGUCGGUGAAACUAUAGACACCGUGUUGGCCUACGACCGAUAUACGAUUGUAUAUCAGCUUUAAAGUUCCAUGGCUGUGAGUUGGAAUAGUGUUUAGGCAACGCUCCAAUCGUCAAAACGCCGGCUCCAGUGCCCAAAUUUGUUUUAGCUCAAAUAAUCGUUCCUUCCGUCCAAUCAUAUUGAAUUUUUCACAUAGAUUAAGCUUCUCGCUGGCGCAUUUUACUCCCGCUUUCUGAUCCUUUUUUGAUUCAAUUCCUAUUUAAUAAAACGCUAUAGAAUAUAAUUAAAUAACUUAUUAUAAAUUAUAUUCAGAAUUUCUAUUGACCAACGCUUAAAUCAGCAUAUCUUUGUAAGAAUAUUGUGUGAUAUAACCUAAAUGUAAUUAUAAAGAUAUUGUCCUUUUAGUCCUUAAAUAUAAUGUGAAUUAUUCUAAAAUACCAAAACUAUGCAGUACUUAAAAGCCAGGCUUGCGGCUUAUAAUAAUAUAAGGAAUAUUUCUGUGACGGUGUCAGCAGUACGUCCUUCUGUCUGUUGACUGGGGUUGAGUUGUUGGGCUAUUUAUACGUAUCCAUAUUUGUUAGUAAAACGGCACUAGAAUCCAGUGUAAUUGUGCCGUCAUACAUUUUAAUUAAAUUAUUUCUCAUAUUUGUAACAAAGAGGCAACGUUUUCUAUGACUAAAGCAUGGUACUAAGGUCAUAAUACUGUAUCCUAAGAACGCUAGAUAAUGUAGCUAGAUAAUGCGUGGGUGAAUAAUAUAGCGGUUGUUGGUUAUUUUUUUAAUAGUGAGUUUUUAAGAAUUUUCUGUAAAAGCGUCCAUGAUUGUAUACGGAGCUUGAGCCCAUUGGGGCUUCACUAUUAAGAGUUGGAUCCAUCAUUAGCUAGGUAAGAUUUAAUCUAUAUCUGUACGUGUCGCGCGUGCAGGGCGUUGCCCUAGAUGCCGAUGACGCCUGUAGCUUAAUAGCUGGAUGCCUAUUCUAAAACGUUGCAGUUUGUUUUUCUAUUGCUAACCGCAAUUCUAUCCCUUGAUUGUGGUUUUGAGUAAGCUCAAACUGCUUAUGGUUAGAAUCGUUAUCCAGGAUGACAUGAAUCUUCACUUCUAAAUCCUGAAUGUACAAAUAUAUAGCACACUAUCGUUCAGCUAGGUUUGUGUUAUAUUAGGCUAAUAUCAAGACUGGACAGGUUAAUACUAUGUUUGCGAUCAAAAAGGUCUUACAUUUUUGAACUAUGCUUCUGAAAUUGUUCAAGCGCGCCGACAUAACUACAUAGCAGCACAGCACAAUAUAGUCUCAAAACAUUGUGGCGUGAGCAAGACGCACCGUUUCGCUUAAUUUUCGUUACAUGGAUUUGAUUAAUACUUAUUUUUAAUUUUAAUAUUGUAUGGUGGUUAAGAUCUAAUUGUAGAAGGUGAUCAUGAUUUAAAGUCUGUUAUAGUACCUAGUGCAUGGUUUAGCGUUACGUUCCUCAAGCCAUUGCUUCAGUGAGUCUCGGCGGAGGCAUUGUGAAUGUGGAUCAAUAUUAGAGCUUUAUGGAAUUUGAUAAUAAUCUAUGGAUGGAUAUUUAUAAAAUAUAAACUCUGUAGAAAGCAUUACUCACUGUAUAGACAAUGGUUCCUGCAAUGUGUAACGCAUUUAAAAAAAACUGUUUUAAAAGAUGCUAGUUGUGAACCUAGACAGACUAGAUAUUUAAACAUAGUGGAAUGAGAAAAGUGAUUCGCUUUCAUCUCAUUGUAACAUUUCUCAUCCAUUCGAUGAUUUUUAAUUUGCAUUUGUUUGUCAUCAAGUCAGGUUCGAGUUAUAGGACACUGUAUAGUCUGUAUACAUAAACGAUGUUUUAUCAAAUAUGGAAUAAUUCGAAGAUAUAUUGUAAAAUUAAAACAUCGUUACUAAUGUUUGACUUAAAUCGUUAUUGUAGUUUACAUAAGAACUUGAAGUUGUAAUAUUUAGUUAAGUGUCGCUCGCAUGCGUUUAAGAUGUAGCGAUCUACUUUUCUCUGCACUAUGAUUUAGUUUAGGUGGCUGGUCCUAAAGCUUAUAGGUAAUAGUUCAUGUUUUGUACGGCCGACGGCCUUAGAACAAUUUGGUAAACUAUAUUAUGAUCGGUGUCCUUGCGUUAAGGUGAGAUUCUUAUGAACCAGCGAGCGCAUCGUGCACAAAUACUCUAUUCUAGUAAAAAAUAAUCACUGUUUUUUGAUACUAAGGAAGUAGUGAGGUAAGGAUAUCGGGAUGUUUUAUAUAUUAGUUGCAAAAUGUUAAUGUUAUAGCGGAAUGAGUGUGGACAAUAAUAUAAAGGUGGGCCUGUGCCUCGAGCGAGCUCAUACGUAAACAUUUCAGAUAACCUCGAAUUUUUGAUAUCUACUAAUCUGAUUGUGUCUCGUAAUAAGAUUAUGACAACGUUUGGACGGUGUAAAAUAUUUUAAAGCUUUCUAUGGUUAGAUUAGUUGCCCGUUACGCUUUGAAUGUAAGCGCAUUGGUUUAAGAAUUUAGUUGUCGGAAAGGCAACAUUUUAAUAUAAGCCUUACUAUAGUAAUAUCUGUAUAGCCUCUUGUACCUACCUGAUUAUUGUUAACUACAUGUCAUAAAUUUCCUUCCGGUUAGUUCUACGCCGUCCAGGGAGGCACUUGCGUCCACCUCACUGUAAUGUUACUCCUAGUUUUUUAAGUUUGUCGACGCUCGUAGUCUCGACGCACGAGUCGCAUGUUUUUUUUUCUAUUGAGUAUUUAGUGGAUUUAAUAUAUUUUGAGCCAUUGUUUAUGCGUGGAUAGUCUACUAAUAUUUUUGCUACUCGAUAGUUCGCAUACAGUGAGUUCUGUCCAAUUUUUAGGAAUGGCAUCAUGAAUUUUUAUAUGUGAGGACCAAAUCUGGUUUUUGUAUUGAAUUGUGAGUUGAAAAUGGGUAAUACAGGAUUUAUUUUGCCAGUUCCUCUUAAAAGUAAGUGAGAAUUUCUAAAAUAUUUUUAUAGGUGUAAGUGUUUGUGAAUUAUUUUUAACACAAUACUGGUUAAGUACGGAUAGCUAUCAGAACGAAGAGCCAUUUUGUUUCCAUCUCUGUUGAAGAGAUGCUGUUUGUCGUGGGUACGCCGUCUGCUCUUGUUACACGACUGCCCAAAAAAGGAGUGUAUUGUUUUUGAUCAUAUUACUAUGAGAAAUGGAAACUUUAUCAAGUUCACUACAGAGGUACAUAAUAAAAGGCGAACGGUGCCUAAUGCUUCCAAUCAAAAAUAUAACAAAUUUAACUAAAAAACUUUAAAUAAUAGUACAACUGUGUGUUUACUUGAUUAUAAGGAAUACAGUGUCCAUUUCAUUAUUCUAGCAUAGUAAAAAGGGGCAGACUCUUGUUGUGUACGAUAUAACCCAGCGUCUCAGUAGUGUGUAACUGUUAGUUUUAAUUGUGGUGCUAUACUGCAGUGGUCGACACCAAUAUUGUAUUUCUAUGUUUAUUUCUUUUUAAGUUAUAAGUGAGUUAAACGACAGUGUUAAAACGUUACUACAUAAAGUACGUAACUGCUGUGGAAAUCUAAAAUGAUGUAAUACAUGGGAAUUACCCGUGCGUAAUUGUUAUAAAUUUAUACGACUGAAUGUAUUGGAAUACAAAUGUUCCUUUAUCAACAAGCUGUUUUCACCCUUUUAUCAAGUAGAUUAAUAUUCUUCAUUUUUAAGCUAAGUGUUCACGUAACUUGUUUUAUAGAUUCUUGUUAAACAAUUGUGAACCGGGGCUAUUGUAAUAAAUAUAUAAUUUAAAAAAUCGCAUGUUUUGCUUUUAAAAUAAGCAUGUUUCUACCGAACGUUUAUUUUAAGCGAAAUAAAAGCAAUUCGCUGACCGACUAUUACUUAAAUAUAUAUAUUAUAUAUUAUAUGCGGGUUUAUACUACUAAUGUAAGUACUAAAUUCCUUAGCCCCAUGGUAGUAGUAAAACAGUGCUGUCAGUGUGAAGCAGUGCGCGUCGAUGUCACUUUCUAAAUCCUGUAUACCUUUACGAGUAAGAUACAAUAACCCCAUAGAUACAAUAGCGCCGAGUCACUUUAUCCGAUUUCAUAGUUUGGUACUUUGUAUUGUUACCAAUUGUUUGUGCAUCAGAAAUUAAAAAGUAGUGAAACAUUGAACAUAUUUGGUGUAAAUUGAAUGAUAUAUUUAGAUAUCUGUUUGACAAUUAUAUAACAUACAAUAAAAUUCGUAUGGGAUGCUAGUGACGUUGUUUCACAGAAUAAAUACCGUCAAAGAUUCGAUUGUUUACAUAUAUAUUAAUUGUAAAGUCGCCAUCCGAUAUAUCCUUGCCUUGACAAUAGAGGCGUGUUCAGAUAUUUGUGAAUACCUUGGCCGCUCCGAUAUAUCUGAUGAUGACUGUAUCUAAACGGUUUGAAGGGGUUUCACUCCAUUACAUUACUUAACCAAUUCAUGAGCUUAUGGACACGUUUUUAAUUUUGUAAAUAUACUCGUAUCUUUCACGGCAUCAUACUUCAAAAGUCUAUAUUAGCCACGACGCUUGGGUGUACCUAUAAGUGAUCAGCUUUUCACUGUAUGCACUAAAAAGCUGAUCACUUAUAGUUAGACCCCAACGACAAGUAAUCGUUGCAAACAUGGUAGCUAAUAGAACUAGCCUUUUCUAUACAUUGGGUUUCCGAAGCGACGUGGCUCAGUUCUUGUUGAAUUUGAUUAUAUUUGUGUACACUGCCACGCUGGCGUGUUGACCUAUAUGAUGUAGGCUUAUGUGUAUUUGCAACAUAUUGGCUAAAAGGAAAACCUUACGACAAACAGAUUAAGCGGCAGCACUGUUCGAUGCCUAUUGUUUUAACUAAGACAGCUUACUGAUGUUUAUCAUUGUUUCUUGUUAUAACUUUAUUUGUUGUUUUUAGCAAAGCUUUGUAGGCAAACUGUGUUUGUUAUUAAAAUUUAGAUGAAUAAACUAAAUGAAAAUCGCUAGUCCUAUCUCAUGUAAACUUUGGAUCUGUCCGGUAGAAAAAUUACCUAGAUGUUUUAAGAUACUUAAAAAAUAAUACAAAAUAUACUGUCUGUGGUGAAUAUCGAAUUUUAUGAGCUUAUUAAAUCUUAAUUCAGUAUCGGUAUCGCGAGUGUAUCGUGUGUUAUGCAUUUGAUGGCGCACGUCUCGUACCUGACAUACAAUAAUUUUACGUUUAACACUUACGGCCCGAUUCGAAUUUUAAAAUACCUCAAAUAUUAGGUCUAGAUACGAUAUGGAUCGGAUAUGUCAGUGUCCAAAGUGACGUUUUUUUUGAAGAAACGUCACUUUUGACUGACAUUUCCGUCCCAUAUCGUAUUUAGACCUAAUAUUUGACGCAUCUUAAAGUUCGAAUCGACCCAUUACAAUGUUUAAGCAUUGUUUCAAUACAAUAUUAACACAAAAGGAAUUUGAUAUCACUGAUAUUAUUUGUAAUUUUGUAUCACUUAUACAUUUUUACUUAUUAAACUCAAUAAUCAGCAUAGUCAUGCCUCGACCAACCCAGAUAUUAUAACAGUAACUGGUCUGCUAAUUGGAUCAUUAAUAUUUAGUAUUUUUAUAGCAACUCCACACUGAAUUUUACUUAGUUUAUAUAGCCCAUGCAGCUGAGUUAGUGGAGUAGAUACGUAGACGUGUGCAAUCAAAGUGUUUGAAAAAAUAAUAAUCAAAAAUGAUUACGAAGCUAAAAUAGUUUUUCAUAAGAUGCCAAGUUAGCUGUCGCAUUGGACCAAGGGAUAUAUAUGUAUUUAAGUGUAGCUCACUUCACUUUGCUGAAUAUAUAGCAUUUUACAUAGGAUGAUUACCUAAAGAGUAAAUUAUUUUAUCAAUCUGUCUGCGUGUUAGAUCCAUGUAUACAGUAUCUUUGUGAUUAAUGUUUUAGAUAUACGCGGUUUGGCGAAGACAGACUGAUUUAGGGCAGUUUCGGCUAUGUUGUAACGAACGGUGGCUGCUCAGCAGUAUUAUAGUGGCGGGUGGUCGUGUGCUUCUCUUAUUUAUACUUAAUUGAAUUGGGCUGAAGGGACUGUAGCUACGUGUAAGGCAGCGAGUUUUAUUUUCUUUAUUUACCAUACAUCUCUUAGAAGUUUUAUCGUUGAAUUCAUCUUUACCUGCGCUAGCUAAAAUAAACCCAGGUCAAAAGUUUCCACUAUAUAUGUACCCUUUUACAUUGCUCGAAAAAUUAUAAUAGCGUGUAAUUUAUUAUCUCAAUUUUAUUGGUCGUAUGAAAAUGGUUUUAAUAGACCGUAGAUACCUGAUGGUUAUGACUUUUGAUUUACACACUUAUCACUUAUUAGGCGCAUUUUUUUUUUAAUGAAGUAAAUUUAGUGAAUAAAUAUAUUACUACACUAAUUUUAUAAGCAAAUGAUUGACCAUACUAGGUAUAAAAAUCAAAUUUAAUAGUAUAAUAAGAUUAUAUUUACGUGACUUUUUCUCAGCUCCAUUAUAAAUAUAAUGGUUAUUUUUUUAUUUUUUUAGUGCCAUUUUUUUUACUAAUGAAGUUGUCAUGUUGUAGGUAAACAAACAUGAUUUAUUUGAUAUAAAAUUUGACCAAGCACACACCACCCCCAAACAUUAUCCAUUUAGGCGUAUCGAUGUUGAGUCUAGUACACAAGUUUAUAAAGAUAAUUCUACUAUGCCAAUUGUCUUGUUCAAAUGUUGUGAAACUUAAGUGUUAAAUGUUGUCCUUGACCGGUUAGGUACCGCUCGUCUGGAUAUUCAGUAGUUCAUGCUAGAUGCAGAAUUUUUUUCUUACUAAUAUUUUGUUACUGUUUUGGCACUGUAUUAAUUACCUUCUGACAAAAAAUAUAUAAUGAAUAAAAAAUGU